AUGCCACCUGCACAAAACCGGCGACGCACCAAUCACAUCUGGAAACGUGGAUCUCCACCGACUUCAAUCAAGUCUUUGAACGCGUCUGUUGCGAGCACUCUACCAUCACAAAACGCUGCGAUCAGUCGCUCUUUGGCUGCCUUUACUCGGAUGUUACUUGGUGUUGAUCAAUCCAAUAAAGCUUAUCCAAUGACGCCGAGUCCAGAGGAACUCCAGCAGCUAGCAAACCUUACUCAACCCGAGAUCAUGAUGGAUCAACUAGUAUUUGCACUGAAUCCCACUUCUGCUUCAGCCACUUUAAACGAUAAAGAGAUGAUAGAAUACAAGAACAGGUUUAUGGCCGACCUUCAAAAUCAUAACAUUCAUCGAUUCACAUUUGCAUGGGAUCUUCCGGAUAGUCAUCAUUGGAAUCGUACAAUGGCUGUUUUUGUGGUCAAGCACUGGCGCUAUGCAAGGGAGCACGGAGCCUUCAAGAACUAUGGGAUUAAUUCAUCUCACAAUACUGAGAUGAAUUGCAUUUCCCUUGUACUUCGCUGGUUACGUGGACGAGCUGAAGAUAUCCGACUGAAUCGCGGGGACACCCAAAAGCUUUUGCUCCGUGAGCGUGCGCGAAAGAGGAGAACGCAUGCUAUUGUUCUAGGAGACUCGGCUGAAUUUGAUUAUCCAAUGAUUCAGCUAUUCAAUUAUCGCCAAGAGACGAUCAAACGCCAUCUGAAAGUUGAUCCCAUGCUUAUUAUGCCCGAUGCCGACUGCUGCUCAGACACUGAGUGGUAUCCAGAUCAGGUGAAAUUCAAGAGAGUGGGAUUGAAGUGGCGAAGUCAACAGUACGAAAAUCUUAUUCGUCAAAUAGAUGGGCUUUCAUUCAACUACAAAGCUACUGUCGACACUCCAGCCCUUGCAAUCACUCGUUUCGAUCAAUGUCGUAUCCCAGGGACCUCUUUCAAUCCAAAGGCUGCUGUAUGUUGUGGUCUUCCCGAGAACUGUUAUAAUGCAGUCUUUCUCUCUGGUCUCACAUACGAACAUAAGAAAUCCUUAGAUAUAAAGCCUGUUGUAGAUUUGGAUCAGAUUUGUGAAGAAAUUCGCAAUCUUUAA